CAGCGGUCGAUAAAAAGUUGAAUAAGAAAAUUAAAUAAUCAACUGGCUAAAGCAACGUGAAAUGCGUGUCUGGGGACCUAAACAAAAUACAAGUUCUAUAAAAAACCUACAGAUUAUUUCAGCCAACUAAUUGUUAUUGUUAUUAUUAUUAACUGUAGUUAAAAUCAUAUUAAUUGACUUUGUGCAAGAAUUUUAAAUUAGUGUUUGUUAAAUUGCCGUCGCUGUUUUAUUGUCAAUUUCGGUUGGUAAAAACUCUUGACAGGCAUUUAAAAAGCGGCUUUGGCCGCGGUUUCAAACUGGGCGAAUACCGUAAAAUGACACGUGUCCGGCGUAUUGUGCGCUCGACCUAAAAGUAUGCUGCAUCAUUAGUGUCAAGCUUUUCGGUAGACUUUCCAGCUGAAAGUCAACUGGCUGGGCUCAUUAGAGGACAACAGUAACAGCAAAAGCGCAUUAGCGAGGGCCAAACGACAAGUUCCUAAGUCCACCAACAAGACAAAGCAUUCAUAAUUACUUGCCAGCAAGGAAGGGGAACAGCAGCAGCAGCUGCUGCCUGGCAAAAGUCAAGGGCACAAAAAGUGGGCCACCACGCCCCGUCCCAUUGUCAAUGAAUAGCAUGAAUCUAGCUCGGGCAGCAAACAGUCGUACAUUGUGCCACUCAAAGCUCUGCAGGAUGUCGGCAAGCUGAUGUGCUCCAGAAACCCAACAGCAGCAGCAACAGCAGCAGAAGGAGCAAAAGUACUCCAUACCAAGACAGAGGCGACAAAUUAAGAGCACUUGCAAAUUGUUGUCGGGAAAUUGAUAUAUUCGAUUAGCAAUCUUGAAAGUCGAUCAGAGGAAGGGGCCACAAGACGAGGCGGCAUCUUUAAUUUAUCAGCGCAGGGGACACGCCCAAGGCAACGCCUACGCCCACCUCCCCCCCGGAGCAGCAUAACCAGCAGCAGCAGCUGUGCUCGUAUUGUGUGAAAACAAGUAGAAGAAAAUUUACAUCCUGUGCUCCACGCAUUAGCCGCUUUAAGCCGAGUCAUGCCUGAGCAGGAUAAUUACGAUGAUGAGUUGGUUUCCAGCAACCCAAAUCAACGCAACUGGCGCGGCAUUCUCAUCGCUUUGCUGGUGAUCAUCAUUGUGCUGGCCCUGAUUGUAACUUCGGUGGUGCUGCUCACUCCACCCGAUGAGGGACCGCGCGUCAAGGGACAGCGCAUCAAGCUGCAGGACAUCGUCGACGGCCUCUACGUGCCGCAGCGUGCCAAUGGCAGUUGGAUCGACGCCGAGGAGUUUUUGUAUCAGGAUCAUUUGGGUCGUAUCUGCCUGCUGAAUGCAGCCAAUCGCACGGAACGCGUCCUCAUGUCCAAUGUGACAUUUAAAACUCUGGCGCCGUUCACAUUUAGCAUAUCGGCGGAUAAACGUUUCCUGCUGCUGGCCCAAAACGUUGUCAAAUUAUUUCGACACUCGUAUUUGGCACAGUACACGCUAUUUGACAUACACACAAGCGAGGCCAUCAAGCUGCGCCACAAUCGGCAACAGGACGAAUGGCCCUAUUUGCAUUAUGCGCGCUUUACAAGCGCUGGAAAUGCUUUAAUCUGGGUGCACAACUACGACAUUUACUAUCGCCAGGAGGUGCGUGCCUCGCAUGCAUAUCGCAUCACACACGAUGCGGUGCCGGGCGUUGUCUAUAACGGCAUACCCGAUUGGCUAUACGAAGAGGAAAUUCUGCAUACUAAUAAUGCAAUUUGGUUAUCGGACGACGGGCAACUGCUGCUCUAUGCCAGCUUCAACGAUACACACGUCCAGGAGCAGCAUUUUGCGUGGUAUGGCACCACCUCAACUGGCGCCGCAGGCGGUGCUGCGACAAGCGGCACAACUCACGGCAAUGGAGGUGUCGGUGGUGGCGUUGGCACUGGCACUGGCGGUGGCUCAGCUGGUGGCAUUAAUCCGCAUGCCAACUUGUAUCCGGAAAUUAGAUCCUUACGCUAUCCUAAGCCGGGCACACAGAAUCCGACAGUCACCUUGCGGGUAGCCGACCUGGCGGUUCCUGAGAAGAUACACAUCAUAGACUUGAAACCGCCGAAAAUUAUAGAAAACGAGGAUCAUUACUUUAGCAGCGCCAGCUGGGUAAGUCCCAAGGAGAUCGCUGUGGUCUGGCUAAAUCGACCCCAGAACAUAUCCGUGGUCAGUGUCUGUAGGAGUCCCUCGUUUGUCUGCAUUGAGACGCAUCGUGUCAGCGGCGAUGGACGCGGCUGGGUGGACACUGUCUCGGUGCCAUUGUUUGCGGCCAAUGCCAGCCACUAUGUGGCCAUAUCGCCGCUGCGAGACGGCUCGUUUGGCUAUUUCCGGCAUAUCGUGCACGUGGACAUUGACAAUAAUCGCGUGCUGCCCCUCACACACGGACCCUACGAGGUGAAUCGACUCCUGCACUGGGAUCAGCUCGAUAAUUGGAUCUAUUUUCUGGGCACACCGGAGCGUCUACCCUCGCAGCAGCAUUUGUAUCGCGUCUCGGCGCUGCCCGCUCGACAGGGACAGGCUCUGCCAGCGCCCGACUGUCUGACGUGUCCAGCGCUUAUGCACGGCAGCGAUGGCCGUGACGAGGGUCACACCAAAUCGCCGCCAAAGCUUGUGACCGCCUGGGACGAUGACUGGGAGGACUCGGAGGAGUCGGAGGCGCUGCCGCCGCCACCGGCAAUGCCCGUAGAGCAGCAGCGACAGGCGCGUGGACAUGGAGCCCCGCCACCCAGCGAUUGCCUGUACCACGAGGCACAGUUUCCGCUGUCGCUGCGAGCGCGCUAUGUUCUUGUGGAAUGCCUGGGUCCAGUGGUGCCCAAUUCUAUAAUAUAUGGCCUGAAGUUGCCAACUGGUCCCAAGGCCAAAAAGCAAAGCCUACCGCAGGAGCAGUUGGCACCGGACGUUGCAGCUGCUGCUAAGGAAGCUGGCGAGCCCAAGUCCCAGUUUCUGGAGCUGCUCGUCACCGUGCAGAACAACACGCGGCUCAAGGAAAAGAUGGCCAAGGUGGCGCUGCCGCAGGUAAAAACCUUUCCAGUUAUGAUCUCCGGCGGCUAUCAUGCCCAGGUGCGUCUCUAUCUGCCGCCCGUGCUGCGUGAGGAUGAGAUAACACGUUAUCCCACCAUAUUGCACGUAUAUUCCGGUCCGGGCUCUCAACUGGUCACAGAUCGCUGGCACGUGGAUUGGAACACCUAUUUAUCCGGCAGCAAGGAUUACAUAGUCAUCGAGAUCGAUGGACGUGGCUCAGCCGGUCAGGGCUAUCAGCUGCUGCACGAGGUAUACAAGCGUCUGGGCAGCGUUGAGGUAUCCGAUCAGCUGGAGGUUAGCGAAUAUUUGCGCGACAAUUUACACUUUAUCGAUGCACGACGCAUGGGCGUCUGGGGCUGGAGCUAUGGCGGCUAUACGGCUGCCCUCGCCCUGGCCGGGCAGCAGUCAAUCUUCCAAUGCGGCAUCAGUGUCUCGCCGGUGACCAAUUGGAAGCUGUAUGACUCCACCUAUGCGGAACGCUAUCUGAGUUUUCCGAACGUAACCGACAACUACAAGGGCUACGAGGAGAGCGAUCUGUCCAAGUACGUGGACAAUUUGCGCGAGCGUCAAUUCCUGCUGGUGCAUGGCACGGCGGAUGACAAUGUGCAUGUCCAGCAAUCUAUGGUGCUCGCACGUGCGCUGACCGGCAAGGGUGUGCUAUAUAAGCAGCAAAUCUAUCCUGAUGAGGGGCAUAGUUUGUCCGGCGUAAAGCGACAUCUUUAUCGCUCCAUGACCGCCUUUUUUGACGACUGCUUUAAGAAGCUGCUCGACCAACAACAGCAAAAUCAAACAGAUUCCAUGGAUUUUCUGGACUUUCAUAGUUUUUAUGGCGGUUAAACGGUUUAUCCUCGGUUUUCGCCAGUCCCCCAAGUACUAGGUGCCGCCAGAGACAAAGGCCGGCCUGGGCAGCGGCGGCGAUAUGCAGCAGCAAUAAAAAGCAGCAUCAACAGCAAAAGCAGCAAAAUAACCAAAUUUUUUUGAUUACAGCAGUGCGAAGGAAUACGCGAAAGCGAAACGUGCGAGAAAAACGUUUGAAAACACACACAUACACUUUACACUACGUUUAUAUGCGAGUAUCGCGAAAUCGCGAAAAUAUCGAUUGCGAGUCAUCGAUUCCGUUGAAAAUAAUCCAUAAAUAAAAAACUCGCCUGGUCACACCUAAUUGGACUGAUCUACAACACUGAACUUUUUUUUUUGGCCAGUCAGUGCGAUCCAGCAUAUAAGAGAGGAGGUCCGACAACAUCAAAUAAGAAAAUUUAUUCGUUUACAAAGUGUGUUUAUUGUCUCGCGUAUGAUCGUAGUAAGAUACAGACGCAGCCAAAUGCUUACAACAAGAAGUGUAAAUGGCGUUUUGUACAAAA